AUGGCGUCCGGCGGUGUGCGACAGUGCAUUCGAGAUGUAACUUUGUACCUGGUCUUUCUGAUAUUUAUCUCUACUCUUGGACCACUGCAGUUCGGUUUUCAUCUGGCUGAACUAAACUCCCCUCAAGAUGUUCUUACCUGCAAAGAAAAGUCCGUCGCCGAAGACUUCGCAUCGUCCCCCGACUCCAACUUCCCGCAAUGCAUUCCUAUGAACGAAGCCGCAUUCGCCGCCCUCUCUUCCAUGUUCGUGCUCGGUGGGUUCAUUGGGGCGCUGUUUGCAGGCCCGAUCUCGACAAGCUAUGGCAGGUUGAUGGCGAUGCGGAUAACGAGUCUCUUCUUCGUGCUGGGAUCGACUCUUGAGGCUUUGGCGGGCACAAUGCCUAUAAUGUCCAUUGGAAGGUUUCUGUCUGGUGUUGGUGGAGGCGCAUCGACAGUCAUUGUGCCACUAUACAUCUCUGAAGUCGCACCCCCAAAAGAAAGAGGCCUGUUUGGAUCCAUGACACAGGUCACAAUCAACAUUGGGAUUUUGCUCACUCAGACAUUGGGCUUCUUCUUGAGCAGGGGAUCUCUAUGGAGGAUUAUUCUCGGCGUUGGGGCUUGCAUAGGGCUUCUGCAAGGCCUGGGCCUCUUUUUAGUUCCCGAAAGCCCAGCAUGGCUCGCAGCGCACAAAGAUCAACAGCUUGCAGUUCGUACGCUGCAACGGAUCCGCGGCCACGGUAAUUCGAUUGCCGAAGAGAUCGAAGACUGGGAUGUCGACAAGUCGGUCCCAGAAGCAGAGGGUCUCCUCCAAGAUCCAGGUGUUCUUUCUCGUCGCAACUCCUCAAAUAGUAAAGCCUCCCAAAGAUCCAUCGCCCACGUCGGUUUCUUCCAAGUGGUCAAAAAUCCCCUUUACCAACCCGCUAUAAUCGCCGUAAUUGGAAUUAUGUGCGCACAGCAGCUAUGCGGAAUCAACAGUAUAAUGAUGUACUCCGUCUCCCUGCUAUCUGGUGUCGUCUCCAUCUCAUCUAGUGGUCUCACUAUUAUGAUCUCUCUCAUCAAUCUCUUUACAACCAUCGCCUGCGCCCCACUAGCUGACAAGAUUGGUCGGAAGGCCUGUCUUCUCGUAUCCAUUGCUGGCAUGGGAUUUAUGUCUUUCCUCCUCGCUUUCUCGCUUCUUUACCAGAUUAAGCUCAUGUCCGCCAUUUCUGUCUUAGCUUUUGUUGCUUUCUUCGCUACGGGAUUAGGUCCUGUGCCAUUUAUGAUGGCAUCUGAACUUGUAGGCCAAGAGGCCGUCGGUGCCACGCAGAGUUGGGCUUUAGGAGCCAAUUAUAUUGCUACGUUCCUCGUGGCACAGUUCUUCCCGAUCAUGAAUACUUGGUUGAAUGGAAGACUUGGCGGGAAGGGAUGGGCGUUCUUUGUCUUUGCUGGGCUGGCGGCUCUGUGUUUCAUAUUCGUGGCGUGGAGAGUACCGGAGACGAAGGGGAAGAAGGACGCUGAUGAAGUCUGGGGGAGGGAUAGAAGGGUGGACUGA